GUCAACACUUCCCAGACACGUGAGAAGCACAAGCAAUACAGCUUUAUUAGAUUCGCGAUUUGUGAAGAAUUAAAGUAGUUAUAAUACAUAGUAGUAAAUACAUAAAUACAUAUGUGACGAUUCUACACAAUGAAGUUUGCUUUUAAGUUUUCAAAUCUGCUCGGAGCUGUGUAUCGUCGGGGGAAUUUAAAUUUCUCAAAAGAUGGCAACGCUGUUAUCAGUCCGGUGGGAAACAGAAUCUCCAUCUUUGACCUGAAAAACAACACAUCAGAGACUUUGCCUGUUUCCACUGCAAAGAACAUUACCAGCGUGGGUGUCUCUCCAGAUGGAAGCCUGGCAAUCCUGGUGGAUGAAGAUGGUGCGGCGUUGUUGGUCAGUCUUAUCACACGUGCCGUCCUUCAUCAUUUCCACUUUCACAAACCCGUCAAUAGCAUCAGCUUCUCACCUGACGGCAGGAAGUUUGUCGUCACCAAGGAAAAUGUUGCAUUGAUGUAUCACGCUCCCGGCAAGCAACGGGAAUUUAACGCAUUCGUGUUGGAUAAAAGUUACUACGGUCCCUACGAUGAAACCACCUGCAUCGACUGGAGCGACGACUCCAAGUGUUUUGCGGUGGGUAGCAAAGACAUGUCCACAUGGGUGUUUGGUGCAGAACGCUGGACAAACCUCAUCUACUACUCACUGGGCGGACACAAGGACGUCAUCGUUGGAUGUUUUUUUGAGAAAGACAGCCUGAAUCUGUACACAGUCAGCCAGGAUGCAACGCUGUGUAUCUGGGAGAGUGACACUAAGCCGGACGGCCUGGUUUUGGCGAAAAAACCCGACAAAGCCAAGAUGCCGACACCGGGUGAGGACCACCAGGAUGAAGACGGGGAGGAAGUCCAAGAAGAGCAGGUCAUCAGAGGGAAAGUUGAAAAUGAAAUGACCACAAAGGAGAAAACAAAGAAUGUUCGAUUCAAGCACAUCGCCAGGCAUUACAUCAACAAGGAGGGCGACUUUAACAACCUGACGGCGGCUGCUUACCACAAGCCCACUCACCUCCUGGUCACGGGGUAUGCCUCCGGAGUCUUCCACCUGCAUGAACUUCCAGAGUUCAACCUCAUCCACUCCCUCAGCAUUUCAGACCGCAGCAUUGCUUCUGUGGCUUUAAACUGCUCCGGUGACUGGAUCGCCUUUGGCUGCUCAGGGAUGGGUCAACUUCUGGUGUGGGAGUGGCAGAGCGAGUCGUACGUCUUCAAGCAGCAGGGACACUUCAACAACAUGGCGUCGCUGGCUUACUCGCCAGACGGGCAGUACAUCGCCACGGGAGGCGACGACGGCAAAGUGAAAGUGUGGAACACCAACAGCUGCCUUUGCUUCGUGACGUUCACGGAGCACACCAGCGGCAUCACCAACGUCGCUUUCGCCUCCAGUGGCUUCGUUGUCGUCAGCGCGUCUCUUGAUGGCACCGUGAGAGCGUUUGACCUGCACAGGUACCGAAACUUCCGCACAUUCACUUCGCCAAAGCCUGCGCAGUUCUCGUCCCUCGCUGUUGAUGUCAGCGGAGAGCUGGUGAGCGCAGGGGCGCAGGAUUCCUUUGAGAUCUUCUUGUGGUCCAUGAAUACCGGAAGACUUCUGGAGGUCUUAGGUGGUCACGAGGGUCCGGUCAGCUGCUUGUGUUUCAGUCCAGUUCAGUCCAUCCUCGCCAGCGCCUCAUGGGAUCGCACCAUCCGGCUGUGGGACAUGAUGGACAGCUGGAAAGUGAAGGAGACGCUUCAACUCACCACUGACGCUUUGUCAGUGGCGUACCGCCCUGAUGGUCAGGAGGUGGCUGUUGCCUCCUUAAACGGCGAGAUCUCGUUCUGGAACCCCAACGCGGCGGUGCAGGUGGGUUCAGUGGCCGGACGUCACGACUUGGAUACGGGCCGCAAGGAAACGGAUAAAGUCACAGCCAAGCAGCUAUCCAAGGGCAAGUGUUUCACAUCACUGUGCUACUCCGCCGACGGGGAAACCAUUUUGUGUGGCGGCCAAUCCAAGUUCGUCUGCAUCUACAACGUCCGGGAGCAGAUGCUCAUGAAGAAGUUUGAGAUCUCGUGCAACUUGUCCUUCGAUGGCAUGGAGGAGUUCUUGGACCGACGUAAGAUGACGGAGUUCGGCAGCCUUGCGCUUGUGGACGAGGGCGCUGGGGACGGAGACGGCGUCAACAUUAGCCUUCCCGGAGUCAGGAAAGGGGAUAUGAGUUCCAGACACUUUAAGCCAGAGAUCAGAGUCAGCUCGCUGCGGUUCUCUCCGACGGGGCGCAGCUGGGCAGCCACAACCACCGAGGGUCUGCUCAUCUACUCCCUCGACGGCUCGUUGGUGUUCGACCCUUACGACCUGGACUUGGACGUGACACCGGCCGGUACACGCGGGCAGCUGCGGCUGCAGCAGUGGGCUUCGGCGAUCGUUCUCGCGUUCCGCCUCAACGAAAACGCUCUCAAGCAGGAAGUGCUGGAGAGUGUGCCGCACGAGCAGAUUCCCGUUGUCUGCGGCACGCUCCCCGACAUUUACGUGGAGAAGCUGCUGGGCUUCGUGGCAUCGUGCUUGGAGAAAUCGGGUCACCUGCAGUUCUACCUCAUCUGGGCUCAGAACCUGCUCAUGCUGCACGGGCAGAAACUCAAGAACAGGUCAGGAGCCAUAUUGCCCACGUUGCAGGCCCUGCAGAAGAGCAUCCAGAGACACUGGGACAACCUCUCCAAACUAUGCGACUUCAACAUGUAUAACAUUCGCUACGCCGUGGCGUUGUCCAAGCAGAGGGGGAUGAAGAGGCCAGCCGAGGAGAAGGAACAGAACAGUGAUGAUGAUGAUGAAAAUGAUGAUGAUGAUGAUGACGGACAGUCUGAGGUCAUGAGCCACGCCUCCUUGGACGAUGCUGAGAUGAUACUUUAGUUGUUUUUUUUUUUUUUUUUAAUCAGUGUUGCAAUUGUAUUUCUUAUUUUUUAAAUAAACAUGUCAUA